AUGUCGUUCGCAGCACGGAAGCCCCAGUCACGCGCCGAGGCCGAGGCCAACGCGCGGACGCUGCGUAACCUCGUGAAGCAGCCGGAUAAUAAGGUAUGCGUGGACUGCAAACGGAACGAUACUCGCUGGGCCGCGUGGAACCUCGGAUGCUUCCUGUGCAUCCGGUGCUCGGGCAUCCACCGCAGCAUGGGCACACACAUCAGCCGUGUCAAGUCGAUCGACCUCGAUAUGUGGACGGAGGAGCAGAUGCAAUCGGUGAUCAAGUGGGGGAACAAACGCGCUAACCUAUACUGGGAGGCGAACCUCAAGGCGGGGCAUGUGCCGCCGGACCACAAAAUCGAGAGCUUUAUUCGGAGCAAGUACGAAAGCCGCCGCUGGGCACUCCCGACGCCGCUGCCAGAGGACCCAUCGGUGCUCACGGGUGAGGCGCCGGCGGCGCCGGCUGCGGCGCCGGCCGCGCCUGCCGCGCGCGCCGCCAAGCCGGCGGCGGCCGUGCCGCCCACUACGCCUGCUGCUGCGCCGGCCGCGCCGGCCGUGACGCCAGCUGCACCGGCCGCGGCUCCUGCGGCUGCUGCGCCGCCGGCGCGAGGUGCGGGCCUCUUUGAUCUCGAAUGGGACGCGAGCCCUGCGCCGGCGCCUGCACAGGCCCCCAAGGCGAGCAAGGGAAAACAGGAUAUCCUGAGCCUCUUUUCCUCCCCCCCGCCGACUGCCCCGGCGUCGGACUCAUUGUUUGGCGCGCCGGCAGCGGCCGAUCCCUCGCCUUCGUUCGGCGCGUUUGCCGCGCCCGCGCCGCCCCGGAGCGGUGCCUCGGAUAUGAUCAACACCCAAGACGUGUGGGGCGCGCCGGCCGCGUCUGCUGCGCCGAAGCAGGCCCCCGCCAGCGAUGCGUUUGCCGACAUCUGGGGCGAGUUCAAGUAG